CUCUGUUUCCCCUUUCCGUUGUUCAGCGACUCCUCAUACGCAAUUGUCUAGCUAUCAACUCGCAUAAGCAUCAUGUCUGGCCGUGAGCUACUGCGGACGUCCGAAAAGAUCCUGCUCGCGCAGUCCAAACUCGGGUACAAGUUCACCAACCAGUCCCAUCUGUGUGAAGCGCUCUACAUCUCUUCCGAUGCCUUGAAGCCCCCCGUCAUUUCUCCGAAGCAGGCAGAAGCCUAUGCCAAUACCUUCCUCGAUAUCAACCGACUUGGACACAUGGCUUUCCGGAUGGUCCUGACCGUGGAUGGCUACAAGUUUAACAAGAGCCGGUGUAACAAACCCCCCAUCCCAUAGCCCAUCCCAUCUACCUCCCCACAAUUGUGACGUGUUCCUAAGAGGUCUAUCAGACAUGGUCGAAAGGGUUCUCAGUACCCAAGACUCCCUCGAGACGCUGGUAGAGGUCGGCCGUAGGAUUUCCCUGGACCGCUGCCUCAUCACCGAUCCGACCCAGAUGGAUCUUGUAGCCCAACAGCACCAACGUGUCAUGGGGAAGACCGUUCUAUCUCUGCUCGGCGCCGUUUACGCCGACAGUAACAUGGACCUCGCGUCUGUGCGCUCCGUCAUGGAUACUUUGGGCUUGGGCUGGUCUGCUAAGGUCCUGAAUCUGGCUGGGGCUGCCACUGCGUCUGGUCG